UUUUCUCUGCACCAGCUUGUGGCACAUCUUCUUCUUUGGAACCUACCACUUCCAUAUCCUCAUAACUAUGGCCAAGAAAGGCGCAAAGGCUACGCGCAAGUUUGCUGCCAGCGGUCAACUGAAAAAGCAAAUCCAGGCCAGACACAAGCACCAACAGCUCAAGAAGAAUAUCGAGAGGAGGAAGGGCGGAAAGGCUGGUCGUGGCGCUUCAGGUUACGGGAAGGGAAGGGGAGAAGAUGGUGAGGAAGAUGAUGGUGAUGAAGACAGGGACGCCAAAGGAAAGAGUAAAAAGGCGAAAAUGUCUGUGGACGACAUUCUUGGAGGUAGUUUUAUGGCCGAAGAUGAUGACGAGGAAGGAGGCAUUGACUCCGACUCCGAGAUGGACGAGGCCGAAGAUGAGGAAGGUGAAGAGGAUGACGAUGACGACCAGUCGUUCGCCUCGGUCGAUGCACUUGACGAGGAUGGCGCCACACAUUUGGACGAACUGUCAAAACUGGCCGAGAAGGACCCAGAGUUUUACAAGUAUCUUCAGGAAAAUGACCGCGAACUUCUAGACUUUGAUCCAAAUGCAGUUGAUCAAGACUCCGACGAGGAAGCUGAGGGAGAAGAUGCUGAUAUGGACGUAGAGGAGGAUAAGGCACCAGUGUUGACGAGCCAAAUCCUGAAAAAGUGGCAAAAGGCGUUGCUUGAGCAACGGUCAUUGCGUGCCCUGCGAAAACUCCUCAUCGCAUUCCGAGCUGCUGCUCACAUGAAUGAAGAGGAUCAAGUUCUCGCAUGGACGAUUGACUCCGCGUCAGUUUAUAGCAAGCUCAUCACUACUGCUCUACGUUAUACACCUAUAAUCUUGUCCCACCACGUUCCCUACAAAACAUUACCAAAUGGCAAGAUGAAAGCGCCAGCCCAAAGCCACAAACUCAAAACCCUCCAAAAGCUCAUUCUCUCCUACUUUCACAAUGUCAUGCACGUUAUCUCCCAGCUUUCAGAGCCUGAAAUGGUCAAGCUAGCGGUCACGGAAUCCUCCAAACUCUUGCCGUAUGUCGUCAGUAGUCGGAAGACGGUCAAGCUGUACUUGAGGUCAUGCUUGGAGCUUUGGUCGACAGCGGAAGAUACUGUGAGGAUCGCUGCUUUCCUCGCUAUCCGAAAACUUGCGUCUGCUACGGACGAGUCCAUCCUCGAUAUGGUCCUCAAGAGUACAUACUUGACCCUCAUCCGCUCAUCAAAGUCGACUGGUCCUCACACACUACCGAGCAUCAACCUCAUGAAAAAUUCCGCGUCUGAGAUAUUCUGCAUGGACCAUGGCGCAGCAUAUCAACACGCAUUUGGGUACAUCAGGCAGUUGGCCAUUCAUCUAAGAAAUAGCAUGAAGAUCAAGUCGAAGGAAUCUUUCAAGCAAGUGUACAACUGGCAAUUCGUCCACAGUAUCGACUUCUGGGCGCAUGUCCUUGCACGGGCUUGUGAUGUGCAGUCACUUACGGAGAGCCCUCUCAAGCCCCUGAUCUAUCCUUUGGUUCAGGUGGCCACCGGUGCCAUCAGGCUCAUGUCGAAUUCCCGCUGCUAUCCCUUCCACUUCCACCUCCUCCGUUCCCUGAUACACCUCUCUUCGCACACAAACACCUAUAUUCCGCUUGCUCCGCACCUCCUCCCCAUAUUGACUUCGCUCCUCGCGCCUUCCUCCACAAAACUCAAGUCAUCGACCCUCCGUCCAUUACCUUUUGAAACCACCAUCCGAGCGCCUCAACAAUACAUCCACACAAAAGUGUAUCAUGAAGGAUUGGCAGACGAAGCAACUUUCCUCUUAGCCGAAUGGCUCUGUUGUCCAGCCGUAGGCGGAAGUGUCGCCUUCCCGGAGGUCGUGGUACCGCUCACGGUCGUCUUGCGUAAAGCAUUGAAGGUAUCUCGGAAUAUGUCGUCUGCCGGAGGUCCAGGCGGUAAGGGCAAGAAGGGGGGGAACGCGAAGGAGGCGGGUAUCGUGAAGGGGUUGGUGGAAAGGAUAGAAGAGAACGCGAAGUGGGUGGAGAAGAAGAGGGAGGGAGUAUCUUUUGCGCCGAAUCAGACAGGUGAGGUGGAGGGGUGGGAAAGGGAUUUGAGGGAGAAGAUCGGCGAGGGGCCAUUAGGGAAGUAUUUGAAGGUGUUGACCAAGGCGAGAGAGAAGAGGGCGAAGUUGAUUGAGAAGGCGAGAGAGGGAGAGGACGAGAUACUCAACGAGUCGAACGACGACGAAGACGAGGAGGAGUAAUCGCUAUCAGCCACUGCACUGGCUCGGCGUAGAUCGCACGUUUGCUCGUUUUAGAUCAGGGGUUAGAACGUCUCAACGGUCCGAGUCAGUACUUCCGUUCC